CUUUUCAACCUUUCACCCCUGCGACUUCCUAUCGCCGACCGCAACUGUAUCUUAACUUCAUCCUCACUCGCUUCCACAACACCAAUCAUCAGACGAACUACGUCCUCGGUCCCCACAGGAUCUGAACAUUCAGCAACACGCCGUUUUCUGAACUUCGGGCAUGCGAUUGAUCGGCCGGUUCAAGCUCACAGUUUUGCGUCUCGACCAGCACCAAAGUGGGCUGGCCGUAUAUAUCCAGCAUCCCUAACAUCUCCUCUGGUCACUCGGAUCUUUGUUGUAACACACGUCUCUUGUUUGGACCGACGAGAAAGGACUCGCAAUGUGGGAAGUCGUGUGGACGGACCCCGACAGGGAGUCUAGGAAGGAGCACCGCGAGAGGAAAGCAGUUGAGAGGGAGCACAAGGACAAGACCAGGGCAUCUAGGAGCUCCAUGUCCACUCGCAGCUCUUCGUCGUCCGACAACAAACCGUUCAGCUUCUUCGGAUCUAGGAGUCUUAAGAGGACACUGACGCCGUCAAGCACCAAAACAUCCACCACACACGCUCUCAAAGCCCCGAGCAUUGAUAGCACAUUCAGAGGCUCGCUAUUGUCGGCCGUCUCGGAGCCACCGCCACUACCCACGGAGCUCCCAUGCAGCCCCGUCACUACGGUCGAACGCACUUACAUGCCGCAAGAGCAACAUUCUGUCGAGUCACAGCAGAACUCACCAAUUUCAUCCAACAGAGACUCUGUUUUCUCCAAGUGGACAGACACCUCUGUGGGUGGUCCGAUAUCUCCAUGCAAUACGUCGGUCGCCGAGUCGACGUCGGCAAAGAGAGAGCAUUACGUCCAGACCCUCGGCCCAACCUCAUUUAUCACCAAGAGCACAGAGGUCACUAUCCUGCCUCGGACGAUAGAAAACGACAUCUCAGGCAUGAUCUCUCAUAUAACCAUCACUGCUGAGCCGGUUAAAGAGGAGCCUCCAACACCUCCGCGUUCUCCAACGGCGCAGCCCGCGGUAACAGCUAUGAUAUCACCGGCCAUGCUCGACUCGCCUGUCAACCUUUUCCCUGGCCACCCUAGCCCACAGCGUUCAUUACGGCGAGUUCCUUCAUGGUCGAUGGCAUUCAAGCCGAACAAUCCCGACUCCUGGAGACCACCAGAUGCGUGGGACUGCGGCCCACCUCCGGAAGUGCGAACGCCAGUGAUCGAGGCAGUCAUUGAAGAGACACCAGAGCUUGAUGCCGCAUGUGCCAUGUCCAUGGAUCUUAACGGGAUGCAGCGUGAGAUCAGGCGGAUGGCCGCUGCCAGCCACAGCAUCCGCCUCUUGCGGUUGAAAGAGGUCUGGGGCGAGACCACCGAUGCUAGCCUCUAUAAGGAGCUUGAGAUGGAAAAGAAGAGAUGGGUGCUUUCUUCUUUGCACAACAUGGACAAGCCAGUGGAGGGGGACCAAGCGAAGGCUCACCCCAACAAGAUUACUCCUGCCAAGGCGAAGAAGGUCCUCGCGCUUUACGAGACUCAGGCAACAACCUCAUACCUGGCCGCCGUCCACUUCAAUAAGCAAGUGUACCAUCUGGCUUCGUUGCCGCUGUCUCACACACUCUUUCCAAAUAUCCACCCGGUUAAUGUACCUGCCAUUUCGCCAUCAGCCUUCCCAGUGGCCCCAUCCCUGUUCGGCAUAGUCUACUCGUUGGCACUGCCGGCGCUUCUGCCAUCGCCUGAAGUUCCCAGUCUCCUCAAAAAUGUUCACCGGUGCCUCGCUGCCGGUGGUGCCUUCCACCUUACAUUGAUCGACCCCCUUCCCGUCACGAGUACGUUGGGUCCUCUUAUGCGUUCGUGGAUUGAGGAAAACCUCAUCUUCAACCUCGAGAAGAACUUUCGCUGCAUGAACCCAAGCAAACUCUUCCCUCUGUGGUUAGCAGAUGCUUCCCUCCGUGCUGAAGGCAGUACCAUCACCACUGUGAGGUUUUCCGCCAUACCACCAACAGACAGGCCAGACACGGCCACGACCGAUGCCGAGGUGCUUGCAGAUAAGGCUGUCAAGCAGGAGCUACGCAGUAUCGUCGGUCGCAUGCUCUGGAGGGAAGUAUGGGGACAGUACAUCACUGCAGAUCAGUGGUGGUGGGAGAACCCCAGAAUUGUGGAAGAGUGCGAGCAGCUCAAGACGGCGUGGGAGUACAGCAUCAUUGAGGCAGUCAAGGAAGCGUAAUGAUAGUUGCGCUGUCAUAUACUGUUUGGUUCUUUCGCGAAUCACAAAGAAACGGAUGGAAUGUUUUUGUCACUUUGAGGGAGCAGAGAUGUUUCCCUCGGUACGGCGUU